AUGUGGCGAAUCUUGCUUCUUGUUUCUAUAGUCUCGGCACAAAUCCCCCUUGUCUACGAUAAUCUCUCCAUCCACGAAAUCGAGUCUGUGGACAGCUUGAACGCGGUUUUGCUUGAGAGCGGAGGCAUUGUCCAAGUCCAAAACGACUCUUCAGUGAUUGUUCCGAUUGAUGUUUUGGAAAACAGCAUGUCUCUCUUAAGCCCUCCAGCACAAGACCAGCCGAAUCAAAUGCCCUCACUAUAUGUCCAAACUGAUCUCUCUUCUGCCAAGUUUGUUCAUCUCCCAAGCCACUGGACACCCAUAGGCCUGUGCAUCGACAAUUCUGCUUCGGAAACUCCUACAACGGUGACGAAAACCUACGGCAUGUUUCUGCAAGCGUCAUUUGGAUUAAGGUUGCACACCAAAAUAUUCGGACAGGAAAGCAACUUGAGAACAACAUUGAUGCGAGCUCAGUAUACGGCGCAAAAAGUUUUCUGUGAAGUCCUUCCAGGUAAAGUUGUUCAGCCCCAGAUGAAAACCUCUAGCUUGGUAGCGAAAGGGGCAUUGCAAAGGACAAUAAGUGUGCGACGCCGUACGAUUUUCAACAGAGAAAAAAUCGUAUUUGGGGAGUGGACCAAAGUACCAGACGAUGAAGCUAUCUACAAUGUAGGAUAUACGUUUGGAUGUGUUACGUCGGAGCAUUUGUUGCAGUGUGGUGAAACAACUCGGUAG